AUGACAGAUCGUGGCGAGAGCAGCAACCGCAGCCCGACGUCUGAGUUUGCCAGCGCAAACGGCGAGAGCGGCAACCCGCCACAAACAUCACCGAAGCGAGCAAGAGAGGACACGGAGAUUGCCGGAGGCGCCGGCGGGGAAGGAUCGACGGGGGACCAGCCCCUCACUUUGGCAUUGCUUCAGCAAGCUCUCCAGGUCUCGCAGCAGCAGAUCACCAACACGAUCCAUGCGUCGUUGGAGGGGACUUUGUCAACCAUUAACACCCGAGUGGCGCAGGUGGAGGCUAACAUGGAGGAGCACGUAAAGCGAACCACGAACCUCCUGGACGCGAUGACGGACCGGCACUGCCACAUUGAGGGGACAGUCAAACAGUCUACAGACGCAGUGGAUGAUGUACGCCGUCGUUUGGAGCUUUUGGAGGGCAAGUUCGCAGCCGCCUCUUUCGCAGCCUCAAGUACCAGAACAACAGACGGGGGAGGCGACGGGGGACAGCGACCUGCCAUCGUCGCAGGCGGGUGGGACGCAGACCAGGACGCCGAGACCACCCUCAAGCUUGUUAAGGAGCACAUUGAGCGCCUCCAGGUCGAUCUGGACCUUCAAGAAGCAUUUGUACCAGGCCUGCGUCGAGGAUUCGCCAUCUUGCCCGUCAACCCUAGAGAGGGGGAAGGACAGGAGCCAUUCCGUAACAGAGUCCGCAUGGCACUCAAGCAAAUCAGAGAAGCUCGCAUCGUGACGGGGGACAGACCUGAAGGUGGCCAUCGCUAUUUCUGGGCAGCCAUGAGCGAGAGCCCGGAACGCCGAAAGAGAGCACAAUUCUCCGGCAAGGUCAAGAGGCUCAUCCUGGGAAGUCAGGGGGACCGACGUCUCGUCCAGGUUGAGUUCGGCACCGGAAAUGUCUGGUACGAUGGAGCGAAAAUCGCGUCAGCUGUCACCUCCACCCCACCUGGAGGCGAGAUGGCAGGUGUCGGCUGGAUCAACCUGCCGAGUCUGGCCCGGCAGCUGGGCACAUCCCUGACCGAGCUCACCGACCGACGGGGGGCCCAGGACACCGACCUCUGGGGAGUGCAUGUUCUCACGUGGAAUGUUGGGGGACUCACUAUUGAGAAGAGCCUACAGCUUCUACGUGACCUUCGAAAAGAACGAAUUCAUCCUUUUGAUUCUGCCUUUAUCCUAUGUCUCCAAGAGAUCAUCAUGGAACAAGGCAAAGCUGUUCAAGAACAAGGCGACCUCCAAUGCAUUUGUGGAAAGCAGGAAACAGACUGGCGCGGGACGGGCAUUGUGCACACCUCACAGUUCAAGCGCAGCCGGAACAAGCUCCUGCGAAGUGGCUACAGCAGCUGCUUGACCAUGGGGGAGCUCCGCGUUACGGUGGUGUCGGGGCAUAUGCCGCAUCAUGCUACGAUGGCAGAAGCUGAUGAGAUAGCUACGUCGUGGCUACAACAGCUCCGACCAGCACCGAAGGCAGUCCUCGGCAUGGAUGCGAACGAGACUUUCAGCCUGGGUAUCUCUGGCAAAACCAUCACGCACUCCGGCCGGGGGGAACAGCUCCUGGCUGCUCUGGGUGCAGCAGACCUACGGACACCACCUCAACAGCUGGAGAAGCCGUCCUUCUUCCCGUACAACACGACCAUGCGACCGCGCCGGCUCGACUACAUUGUUCUCAAACACCUCCUUUGCCAAGAUGGGAAGGUACUCUCGUUGAGGGAUGUGGCGAGCUCCGACCAUGAACCCAUCCACGUGCCCUUGCAACAGCCAACACCACCGGCACCAAAGCAGGAUGCCAAACCAUGGGGGAGCAGACGCUUGCAAGACUGGCAGAUAGUUGAACAAGCAAUCGCUGCACGACCUCCACGAUCGGGGGACAUGGUACAGGAGAUCACCAACAUGGCCGUGACCAUCACCAGGCCCGGCAGGGCUCUUGCCAAGUUUGUGGAAAGCAAGGAGCUUCGCCGCAAUCGACGUGAUGCUUUAUUGCAAGAACCAGGACCCUCCCGCAAAGCAGCUUGGAAGGCAGUUCAGAAACAACGCCGAGAGGAGCAUAGAACCUGGAGAGUACAGCAACUCGACCUGGCGGGCCAGAAAUGGUGGAAAGCCAAGGAGGCCGUCGACCGGAGUGACCAUGAUAGCUCUUGGGAACUCCGCCUCCGCGCCGACGAGCGAUGGCGAGAGACGCUCAAGUUAGGAAAGGCCUGCGGCCCCGAUAGUGUGUCACAUGAGGCGCUGCGAAUUCUCGAGCAUGAUGACAAGUGGCGGGGGACUCUGUUGUAUGUGCUCAACGACAUGCUCUAUACGGCUGCAAUCCCCCCGAAUGUCGUUCGGGGGAUCACCGUCCUCCUCGCGAAGACGGGGAACCCCGAUGAUUGGAGUGACACCAGGCCGAUAACACUAAGCUCGGCGCUACUGAAGACCUUUUCCCAGCUACUCAUUGGCCGGGUUUCACAUUUGGUGCAACAACCAUCUCGUCUCCAGUGGGCACGCCGGUCACGUCAAGGCGUGGAACUCAUAUUGAUACUGCGCCGGGUCUGCCGGGUUGCCAGGGACUGGGGGAUUCCCAUGUACAUUGCCAAACUCGAUAUACGCAAGGCCUUCGACUCGAUCUAUCAAGAGGCCCUUGCAGAACAGAUCGAGUCAGAUGUGGGGAUUGCGGGGGACCGGCCAUGGGAGGCGCGAGCAUGGACACACCUCAUCCAUGCAGACGAAAUCAAUGUCUAUUUUCGUGGAGAAGAAUUCCGCAUCCCGCAAACAAAUGGGGUGCGACAAGGGGCCCCUGAUAGCCCCAUUGCCUUCGGCAGAGUGCUUGCCGUUGAACUUGAACGUGCGGUACAACAAGCGGAAGGCCACAGACCCCGACAAGGUGAUCCUCCCCCAGAAUUUGCCGGAGCCUUCAUGGACGACAGCUAUAUCUGGUCCACCAAGAAGGACCACCUGCAGGCCAUGCUCACACGGCUGGGGACAAAUCUGCCGCCGAAAGGGCUCGACAUCCACCCCCUCAAGACCGAGAUCAUCGAUAAUCAGGAAGGUGGAGUGGAGUUCGAAGUCGGGGGACGAAAAGUUCUCAGCAAAGGACCGGACCAUGUUAUACGAACCUUGGGCAGCCCCGUGAGCUUCUCGAGCCACCCCAGCACGAUCAUUGCAGAGAUGCAGGCGAGAGGGAGACAUGCUUUCCGAAAACAUCGGGGGACACUUCUCUCCAAUGCCCCCUUGAAAAGCCGACUGCAGAUGAGUACCAUAUUAGUCAGGCAGUCAGCAUUGUGGGCUUGCCAAACUUGGCCCUGCAACGACACAGUACUGCGAGCGGCGAACAGCUUACAACUGGUACAAGCCAGGAACAUGCUCAAGCUCUCCCGCCAACCCGGGGAACUUUGGGCCGAUUGGCAUGUGCGAAGUAUGCGACGAGCUCGGCUAGCGCUCUUCCAUGCCAAAGUACCACGAUGGAGCAGCUUUAUAUUGCAACAGAUCUGGGGCCUGGCAGGACAUGUCGUCCGGGGGGACCCAGUCGCUGCCGCUAUGCUCCGAUGGCGAAACUUGGAGUGGUGGCGCAUCGAGCAGAGUAUCCCCCCCAGCUGGGGGGGACAGAGACAUGCCCGACGUUUCAAUCCCCACUUGGACGUUGAGCGCCAGAUCGUCGCUGUGGCGGGGGACCGAUGGCAUGAAAAAGCCCUGGACCGCAUUGAAUGGUCCAACCUCGAGGAACUCUUCGUGGAGAAGUUCGAUAUCCCGUGGGCCAGCGGGGACCAGGCACAACUCCAGGACCUCAACUUGGCACCCAACUUUUCCCAUGCAGACGCCAGAGACGGCGGGGACCACAGUGACGCAGCGCAGAUUGUGCAGCUGAGGGAAGGUGCACAUGACACAUGCCACGAUCCUAGGACAUUGCCGGCCUCGGUGUCUUGGCUCAACAUCUGGCUCUGCAAACCGGUCUCUUACGGACCGCCGACACCCGCCGAUGCCAAUGAGGCGGGGACCACAGCCAGCAACAGCAAGAAGAGACAGACCCAACUGAACCGAGAGCCCAGUGCGGGGCAUGGCUCGCAAAGGGUCAUGAACAAAGCCCGCAAGUACAUCUACAAGCAGCAGAACAAAGCUGGUAACUAUCAGCGACGCCCGCCUCCUCAGAACCAACAGGGCCCGGGUUGGGGGAUCCUCUAUGCCCCGCAGAAUGUGGCACCGGAGGAGGAGGACACCCAGACAGCCACAGCAGCAGCUGCCACCCCGGAACCGGCCCGGGGUACAAAGGCAGACACCCACAAUCAGCAGAGACAAGCAAGGACAGCCAAUGAGUUUGCCGACCUCCUCAACAGACACCUCUUGCCAAGAGGGACCAUUGGGCCCAACACGGGCGGACAACCCGAUGGCACCCCCGACCAGGCGGCAGACAACCAACACACGCAAGCACAACCGAGAGCGACGACCUCUACCCCCACAGACGACAGACCGACAGCAAGUGCCACUACAUCCUCUCCCCACACCGACCCCCACCCUGCAGAUCCAGCCAGAGCCACAGCCACAGCACCCCCCACACGUGACAGUGACGCACGGCCUGAACGAGCAGACCAGGGCACAGCAACAGACAAAAGCAUCGCACCAACACCCGAAACAGCCGGGGCGCACCGACACCAGCCAGCAGCGAGCGGGACAGUAAGUCCACAGCAGCACAGCAGAGGCGAAGCACCAGCAGCGACCAGCCAACCAGCCUGCGGGGACCCCAACGACCUCGCACCUCUGAGCGCUGUCGAACAAGAAGUUUAUGAAUGGUGCACUCAAGGGGGACACUCGCCAGAGACACUAGCCGCCAUCGAUAGCCUCCCCCCGGAUGCCCCCCUCUCCGGAGCAACACAAGGCGAACUCAUCCAGCUUACACACGGAUGCUGGCAACUGACAGUGCAGCCCUCGCCCGGGGGGACCCCUCCAGCAGGACGAUUCAGAGCAGUGAUGCCAGGGGAACAGGGGACGGCAACCACAGCACCAUACCUCACGUGUGGACUGGUGGGAACAUUCGCCCCACUCUCCCAAGACCACUGGGUCUUCCUGGUCACACAAGCACCGGGGCCGCUCUACCACGAGCAUGGAGCCAUGCUGCUCCAGGAGGGGGAUAAACUCCUCUUCGAGCACACGGAGGAGAAUGGCUGGAUGAUCCGAAUGGAGAGCCACGGCCACAGCCAGGAUCCCAUUGUGAACAAGGCCCGCCGAUUGAGGGAAGCGGUGCUAGCAAAACACGGCCCCCGCCCUGGAGCAAACGAACCAGGGAGCACAGCAGCAGCCAGCGGCAGCAAUACAGCACCCAGCGAACCCAAGCCGUCAGCAGCCCCGCGCUCCACAGCCGCGACAGCAGCCUCCGAGAACACGAGGGGAACAGCCAGACCCUCAGCACAAACACCUUCGGAGCCGCAGCAGUCCACAGCGGAAACCUCGCCCACGGCUAACCCCAGCAGCACGGGGGAGAGCGAGGGGACAUGGCAAGUCGUUGACCCACCAUCGAAUGACCAGCCUUCAACAGCCCAGUCCUCCCACGAACCUGCGGUGAGCUACUACCCAGAAGCCACUGCCACACCAGACCGACCCCCCGCGGCUACCCCCCUCGCGCAGAUGCUGCGAGACGGAAGGCAGAACAGCGACAACAGACAGCAGCAGCAGCGCCCUGUUCUUGCCCCCCACGACGAUUGGCGACGAUUGGGGAGGCUCCGACACUUGCGUAGCAUCGCCAUGGCGUCCCGCGACAACCCCAACGUCGACCUCUCCUAUGCCCAUAUUGCACCACAUGUGGGCGUUGUGGUCACGUGGCUGAAUACGAUGGCAGCGGGGGACGUUCGCAUACACGCCCAGUUGCCUCCCCUCCUCACGCCACUUCGGGAAAUACUCAGCAUGAUCCUGGAGGGGACCGUGACGAGCCCGGCGUGGAAUAGCUUAGUCUCUGUCACGGAAGCACUGGAGAGGGUGAUAUCUCCCUGCGCGAUACAACUCAGCGGGGAAUGUGCCCAGUCCAGCGGGGACAGAGCCCAGCUGUCAGCCGAACAGGUGAACUCUUCCAGCGCCGGGGGACAGGGAGCAGCAUGGUCAGACGACCUGGACACACUGCGGGGACUACUCCGACAGGCUGAGACGUGGCCAUUGGAUGCACUGCAAAUGUUCCAAGACCUGGCUAUGCAGCUGGUUCGGGGGAUCGCACGCCGAACCCCCCCUGAAGACAGGGGGCAGCCCACGAGAAGCACAUUGUGGGAUACGCACUGGUGGGAAAGUGAGCGCCAUCAUGGCCUGGGGGACGCGGGCCGCUCUUCGCUCGCCGGGGUAGCCUGUCCCAGAGUGAGCGGAGCCAUCGACCUCACCGGCAAGUUCGGCGCACUACUUCCCUCACCGUGCGGGUCCUUGGAGGGGGGUACGGCAAGUCCGGUCCUGUUCGGCAAGAUUGCGUGCCUCGUCGGGGAGAGUGUCAGCCCUCCUCGCCUCGGGAUUCGGCGAACCUACUCAUCCCGAACCUGCUGGGGGCCUUUCCGACGAAGGGCUACGCUGGGUGGGGGACGCCAACGUCUACCUGUCCGUGAUAGUGGCAUAGCCGUCAAGCUAGUGCACCUCCUGGAGCCAAUCAUGUCGGGGGGCAGCGGACACAUCCCGGAUCUCUCUCCCACGCCAGUCUUCGAUUCGCCACCUACACUACCGCAUGGGGGGGGUGGAUACCAAGCAGACCUGCUCAACCUCCAGCUGGACAGUCCAGGAGAGCCAGUGGGGGGGUCGCCGCCUAAGAGGACGAGGCAGGCCGAGAGUUCUCCAGGAGGCCUCUCCGACAGUACAGGGCUUGAGGAGAAUGUCACCAUGGAAGCCAUUGCCCGCACACUUCAACAUCAACUGCAGCAGGAGAGACAAGUGCUUACAGGGGAGAUACAGAGGGCCAUGUACGCCGUGGGGAUGCUGCAAGAUUUGGCGGGAGUCCAGAAAAAGCAGGGAGAAAAGCUUGAAACCGUCGCCGCCGAGACGCAGACCUUGGCCAACCGCAUCGUCGACCUCGAGUCCCGCCUGCAACAGAUCGAAGCCGGAGGAGGGGGAGGGCCGAGGGGAGCGAACGUGCUUGAAGACGACGCGGGGAACAGGAACCUGGGGAUGAGCGAAGACCAUGUCAAGACUGCCUGGUUGCCACUGGCAACCGUGGCCACUUGGAAUGUAGGAGGUGGAGGGCCUGACAAGAUGUUGACGCUCCUCGACUCCUUUGCAAAGAUCCCUGGCUUGGAUGGAAUUCGCCUAUUGUUUUUGCAAGAACUUUCGCUGCCAGUGGGGGACACCAAAGUGAGUUCUGCACGAUGGCAACUCUUGGGGCACAAAAAGCAAGAGGAAUGGAGAGGAGUGGGGGUCGCCUACGAUACGCGGACCUUUACCCACACGGCGCCGCAGCACAAGGCCAACAUGUAUUCCUGUGUCCUCCAUUCGGGGAUCACUUCCUUUGUGGGGGGCAUCUUCCUCGACGAGAUCCACGUGGGGGACUUCCGGGACGUUGUGGGGUCAGACCAUGAGCCCAUCCUGGGGAAAGCGCAAAUUGGUGUGAUGCGCAAGCACCGUGCCAAAUGUACCUGGGGGGCGAAGCAGCUCAAGACCUCGAAAGCAGGCCUGGAGAGGAUGCAGGAGGAGCUGGAGAAGAGCCAAGACCACCACAAGGCCAUAGCAGCAGCAGCGGCGGCUAUAACAGAGGCCAAGAAGGGGGAGAAGUUCGUCGAAAGCAAGACCCUCAAGGAGACUAGAAGAAAAGCGAGAGGAGCACCGCCAGGAGAAGCUCGGCGACAACUGUGGAAACAAGUCUGCAGUGAACGCAAAAGAGAGCACAGAGAGUGGGUGAGGGACUUGGCAAAAAGAUCAGGGGGGCAGGACUGGGGGGCGUACAGGGCCCUCAAAAGAUCCUCCAAGCCCUCCCAAUGGGACAAUUCCCUACGAGAGCAAGAACAGUGGAGAGAAGAAGCGCAGAAGCACUUCAAGACCAUCUUCGCCAAGAUCAAGCCGGAGGAGGAGGAACAAGCAUGGGGGGAAGAAGUUGAGAAGCUCCGACGACAAUGCAAAAGAACGCCUUGGGUUCCCUUCCGAGAGAUGGAGCUCAGAGUCACCAUGCAGAAGUGGCACUGGGGGAAGGCGACGGGGGUGGACGGCAUAGCCCACGAAGCGCUGCUCUACCUGCUCGAACACCCAGUGGGGAAGUGCCGCCUCAUGGAGAUUUUCAAUGACGCGCUCUACACUGGGAGGAUACCGCAGGACAUGCUACAGGGGCUGACGGUCUUGCUGCCCAAGACCAUGAUGCCUCAAGGCUGGGGGGAUACACGCCCCAUCACCCUUAGCUCAGCGCUGCUCAAAUGGCUCGCACAAUUAUUACUACACCGGGGGAGAUGCUACCUGGACGCGGGCAACAAACAUCAAUGGGCAAAGCCUGGCAGUCAAGCCGUCGAACUCGUUCUGGGUAUCCGACGCCUCCUGCGAGCCGCCAAGGACUGGGGGGACGACCUGUAUGUAGUGAAGCUGGACGUGGCUAAGGCGUUUGAUAGCAUAUCCCAACUCCAUAUGGGGAAGCUCAUCGCAAAGAGGGUCGGGGGAGAUGGGGGACAACCUUGGGAAGCGCUCCUGUGGCUACAACUGUUGCGGGCUGACAACAUCACCCUGGCGGUCUGUGGGGAGCUCCUGCAAGUUCCGCAAACAAACGGCGUCCGCCAAGGAUCGCCGGACAGCCCGGUGGUGUUCAGUGCGGCCAUUGGGGAGACGCUAGACGAAGUCCUCGCAGAGCUCCAAACCCUGACCCGACAGGGGGAGAACCCCAAACUCCCGCCAAGCCCACAAGGGGGGGCCAGCUUCCUGGACGACACCUACCUCUGGAGCCACAAUCGCAGAUGGUUAGUGAAGGCAUUGGAGGUGCUAGAAAACAAACUGGGGGAGAAGAACCUGGUGCUCAAUGCCAAAAAGACGCAGGCGAUUGCGAACGUAGAGGACAAGGGGGAUGCCAUUAUGACCAUCCUUGGCUCGCCGGUGACCUUCGAUAACGUGCCUGCCGUCAUCCUGGGGGGGCCCAGCGAGCGCGCACGCAAGGCGUUCCAUGCAAACAAAGCUGUCAUGUGCAGCACCACCUCCGUAGACGAAAAGCUCAAAGCCAUGCUCGCGUUAGUGAGACCCGCGGCGCUGUGGGCUUGCUCCACGUGGCCAGUGAAUGAUGCCCUACUGCGUGGCAUAAACACUGUCCAGCUACAGUUGCUCCGGAAGGGGCUGGGGGGACGGAGGAGGCCGGGGGAGGAGUGGGUGGAGUGGAAUCAGCGUAGCCUGCGGCUUGCCCGACUACACCUUGGGAGGAAAUCUGCGGGAGGGCGAUGGAGCACUUUCGUCCUCGACAAACCUCAAAUGGGGGGGGGGGGAGAGGGGUUCAUCCCUCAGGGGACAGCGUUCGAGCUCAUCCCCGUCGGCCUCGUCCACCGCAACCUAGAGCCGGAACAAUGGGUGUUGAGAGUACGCAACCUACCCCCAGCUGGCUCCAGAGAUCCUGCGGGGGCGCCCUUGAAAGCUCGUAAGUACCUGCUUACGUGGCGACCUAAAACAACGUCGUCGGUGCUGGGGGAUUUGACUGAAGAAGAAGGCGACGCAUACCGUGCAAGUGCCAUGAGAGGACCUCCCGUGCCAGGCAUGAGUGCACUGGCCCAAGACCAUGAGCUGGAAUACCUCUCCGUUUCCCCCGAACGCUACAUGGACGUGUGGGUGGCUAGGGCCAAGACGCAGUUUCCGCAGGAAGACCCCUACCAACCCAGAAGGGGAAGGAGGGAGGAACUGAAGCAGAUUGCGGCGGGGGCAAUCCCAGCCAUGCCACCACCGCCCGACCGCAUCUACUACGACAGCCAGGGACGUCGCCAGGGGGAUGGGGGAACACGCGAAGGGGAUGUGCAGCAAGGCGACACGCCCUCACCCGACGAGCAGCAGCAGAAGCGCGCACAGCCUUCGCCUUUGGGAGGGGGGAAGACGUGCCCCCAGCAGGAGGAGCAGCUACGUGCGGAGCAGCACGCCCACCCCAAAGCGCCGCCACCAAAACCGCCGAGCAGCUCCGAAGACGAAUGGCCGAGUGAAGAUGAAGCACCACCGGAGGACGACGAUGCAGCAAUGGUGCAAUUGGGCCUAUCUACCUGCGGGGGAGGCGUGUUGCCGAGGUGGAGAACGGGAGCGGAGAGAUCACGCACGGCAGCAAUCACGGCAGGGAGGGGGGAGCUUCGGAGAAUAAAUCCCGCGCAAAUGGCGGCCACCCUAGUCGAAGUCGUCAGACACAUCCUGAGGGACACACUUCAUGCUACGUCGGUGCGCACGGAACUGGCCGAAGUGGGGGAGCUCCUGGAAGAUGUCGUGGCGGACUUUGGGGCUUCCAUUCGACUCCGGGAUAGCGCGGGGAUAGCAGAGGGGAGAAAUGCACUCAUGGAAGCAGUGGACAUCCUCGACCAAAUCGUCCUCAACUACGACUCCGAGCACGAUGAGUUCACAAUGGACCCGGCGACGCUGCAAGACGACCUCCUCAGAUUAGCCCAACAGUUACAGAUCGUGGUCCCGGCCCAUGAUAACCUAUUGGGGGAUAUCAGGGGAGAACUCCCCUCGCAGAGACCAUCGUCAAGUUCGCAAGAGCUCUUUGAAGGUUACGGGGAUGAGAUGGGACUCAUGCAACAGUUGGGGGGACCAGGGACACCGAAGAAGGCCACAGGUGCGCGAUCCAGCUGCUGUCCGUGCUCGAGCAAGAGUUCCCAGAGAGUUAUCGUACCAACGGCCAAUGCGAAGCGGACGCGAUCUGGCUACUACUACGAGGGGAGCGGCUUGCUGAAUAUAGACGGGAUGAAUGUGCCGGCAGAAGAACGAGUACGCGGAGGGGAAGACGAACACCCUGGACUCGCGGGGAUCUUCCAGAACCACGAGGGGAACGCCAGAGACGCCAAUAGCGGGAGACACCCCAGACGCCAAGGGGGAGACGCAGCAAGAAGCAGAAGCCCAACGAGGAGGGGGACCAAUCUAACAGAAAGGGGGGACCCGCCAACGCCCAGCCCCGUUCGGAGGGCCAGAAGCCAAGCUUCUCAACUCCUCGAAUCCAUCGAGUCGGAAACCCAAGCAGCAGCGGAGUACGUACUCAAUGCGGAAGAGAGGGGGAGGCAGCAGCGAGCCAACUAUGCCACGGAAGCCAUGGAGCUGAUCACCGAAGCAAUGGGGCUGGCUAACGAUGUGGGCAUGCCUGGGGUGGUGGACUAUUUGGCAGCGGCGGCAACACGACUGUCACAACUACAUACCAUACGUACCAAGGGGACGAACAGAAGGGGAACGCCGCUACCCACACCAAACGCCUUCGAGAUCGCCGCGCUUACAGUGGGGGUCAUGGAAGAGAGCAGUCAGCAAGGGGAACAACCAUCGAUGGCGGAACUACUCGAACUGCUGGAACUAGUACAAGCAGGCAUGGCACUCCUUACACGAGGGAGGCACAGCUACAACUGGCAAGUUACGCACUGGGCUACAGAUGCGGCGGAAGAGGCCUUGGCCCUACUCUCG